AUCUUAGCUGAGAACUUUGCUAAAGUUUAUUUAUUCUUAUAAUUAUAGUGUUAAUGUUAAGUACUCAACAGUGAACUUUAACAGAGUGUCGUGUAUUAACAGAAGCAUAACAUAGCACUGGCGCAGGGUUGCCUGCCUGUGCAGAAAAAGCAUCGGUAUCGAAGUGUCGUAUUUUUGUUAUGUUGUUGUUGUUAUUGUUGUUGUUUAGCAAAAAUGGAUCAACAACUGCAGCACCGAUUGACGGAUCGCCAAUAUUCUGAGGCGGAGGGUUUGCUACAGGCCAUGGAUAUGCCCAGCUCAGACCAAGAGGAAAUUGAGUCGGACUCAUGCCGUUUGAGCCGGUAUAAUAUUGCCAACCUGUACGAGAAUGGAAUGGGACGUCAGCGUUGCUACACAAUGCCGCAUGUACCGCCCGCGCCGCCCUCCACGCCCACGCUGCUCACCUCCAAUAGCAAUAGCAAUGGCAAUUGCAGCAGCGUCGUCCCGGUUAGCUCCAAUGGCACAUCGAGCUCACCCACCGCCAAUCUGGUGUCCGAUAAUCAAAUUAAUCAUCAUUUCAUUUAUGUGAAAAAUGGCAAAAACCUGCGUCGCGAAUCACGCUGCGUCGACUCGGAGCUCUCGAAGCUCUUCAGCGUAGUGUCCAUAACAAAUCGAUUGGCCAAGAAUCGAGCCCACAAACAGCAGCUAUCCGAGCGUGGCAUUAUCAAUGCCUCACGCACCAUUUCCAAGUUGCAUGGUGUGGCGACGACGUCGACAAAAAUCUUUAAGAUUGAUCGGGAUCCCAAGGAGUUUCUGCGUGAAGCCGAUGAGGACUCUGUGUCGGCGCCCGAAUAUGACGACGACGAGGAGGAUACACGGUUCCGUUUCUUUCGACGGCGUCGUGUACGAUGCGUCUCACAUUCACGUAAGCUGGCCCGCUUUAAUCAUCGGGAGCGCAUGGAAGCCAUGCUCGAUAGCUUCGAUGCUGCCAUGAGCUUCAACGAUGCAGAUACCUGAGUGGAGCGCAAUAGGCAUCAGCAGCGACGGCGCUCCAAUACCACAGGCACUGUAGUGGUGGACUGGUGGUCAGAUGGUUCGCCGCUAUGUGCAAAACAAUGUGAUGAAUGUGAAUUUCAACUAAAUUAUUUUUAUUACUACUACUACUAUUAUUACGAUUAUGAUUACCGAUUACCGCGAACUGUUCUCUCCAUACGUUUAGUUCUCUGCUGCAAUUGUGCCCAUGGACGCAUGGACGCAGUGCAGCGCCAAGCAUUUAGUUUUUAGCUUAGUUCUUAUGCCUGUGCGACAAACUGCUUCCCACCUGCAGCUUUCACAGCCCAACAAGCAACAAAAGCACAAUGUCAAGUAUUUUGUUUGUGGGCCUGAACUCUCUGCCGUGUGCGCAGCGCUUGUCUAAAACAACAAAUGAUUCCAAUAAAUGCACAAAAUAAUGUGUUGUAUUUGUGAAGUACAUAAUACUAACUCUCGCUAUCUAUCUGAUUGUGUGUGAGAAAUGAUUUUAAAUGUUUUCAUCUUCCAUCCAGCGUAAAGAGAUUAUAAAGCAAAGCA